AUGAAAACUCUCACAUUUUCACUUUUAAGAAUACGCCGCGGCGACAAGAAGGAUGCUUAUUGCUUUUCCUCUUCUCGGAAAGGAUCCUCUAGAUCAUGUGAUGAAGAAGAAGAAUCUGCCAAAUUCUCUAUCACUAGCCUCCCGCAAAGUGCCACCAAGCCUAUUGUCCUUACUGACGUUAGACCUCUGGCCUCUGAGCUCCGGAAGACUCCCUCUCCUGUUGACUUUAAUGCCUACGCAGUUGAACAAAAGGAAAUUCCUUAUUCCUCCCAACCCCCGAGGACAAAAUCCUUCCCUAAUUUCCUUGAAGAAGUAGAAACCUGUCUUCCUAAACGGCGCAUCAGCAGAGUGAACGAACCAUUGCAGGUGGAGGAAGCAAGCCGCAGCGCUUCUGAUACCGCAACUGCAUUUGCUCAAAGUAAUAUUCGGGAGCCUACGAAUUCGGUCUUUUUGCAGGAUGUUUGUGCCACUGUUCCACAUGUGGUGAUGCGCAAAAAUGAUGCUUUGAACCAAACCCUAACUCGGCAUGGCUUCCCAAUGCCUCAGUACGGCUUAAGAAGCACUGACAGCAGUGCUUGGCUGCCAAUACCCAGAUCAACCGUACAGACAAAUAUGGCGGCUGCCAAAUCCGACUCGCCUCACGCCAUUGUGCGAUCGCGCUCACCGUCUAGCGUCCACGUUAAUGAGGCGAGGAGCAGUUACGGGAGACCCUCGGCUAGCGCUCCUUCCGAUCGUCAUCGACGACUCUCACAUCCCUCCAUUCGACCUGUCAAAAAUUCAACUAAUUCCCGACACCAACCCGACCUCAAAAAUCCGAUUACCUUUUCAGAGGUUGGUUCUUGUCUUUUUUGA